CUAAUUAACAACACAUAAAUAUAUACACAUAUCUAUUCUAAAUGGAUUACCGAGGAGUUGGUUUUAUAUUUUCUAUUAUUUUAAUUUCAUUAGCACCAAUAUUUGCAAAUGAUGUACCUGCUCUGAUAUGGUCACCUUCACGUUCGAUGAGUGACCUGCCCACAGUAUUUAUGGGUAAUAAAGUCAGUGCUGAUACCUUCCAUAACAAUUACCUGUUGCCACUAUCAAAAGAGUCCAGAUCCAUUGUGAUUUUUCUUCAAGACAAGCUUGGACUUAACCACCUGUCUCAUUAUGCUGACAUAUAUAACGAUAACGGGGAAGGUGGAGUAUUUAAAAAUGUCAAGAAAUUCAUGGAAAAGAGCUUCUCAACCAACUUGGCAUCAGUCAGUAAUCCAAUGGCUGCAGUAGAAGGCUUGAAGAAAAAAUUCCUUGACAACUUUAUAGAAGUUCACAAUCCACUAAAGAUUGCUUCAAUGAAGCUAAACACAGACAAAUCUCAUUUGUUUCUUGUGCACCUUCCUGAUUUAAUUGGAUCUUCUAAUGAAGCAGUAACUCUGAGAAACAAUGAUGACUUGAUUGCAAAGACAUUGAAAGAUUUGAAUCAAAGAGGCUUCCAUUAUUCAGCUGUGUUAACCGGAAUGACUCCUGAUAAGGAAGCUGCUGAGUCUAACUAUCUGGGACGUCAUCUAUUACAAGCCAAGGAACCUGCUAACCAAAAUUCAACCCCUGUCUAUUUACCUUAUUCCACUUGUCCUUUUUAUGCCCAAGGUAUUUCUCUGGAGGUAUUUGAAGGCAACAAUAUAACAGAUUAUAAUUUUACCAAUUUAACUUCCCAUAAUGCUACAUGUAACAACAGAACAGCAAGUUAUACAUUCCAACUGCAGUCUGCAGCUCCACCUCUCAGUGCAACUUUUAAUGUUGAGAUUAGCUUGAAUUCCUCUGACUGGCGCAUUGAGUCAUUUGUUGUGGAAUAUGAACUGAAUGGGACAACUCACACUCCUGGCUUGAAAGCUCAAUUUAUCGCAGCCCCAAAAGUGUUUUCUUAUCAUUGUACUAAGUUGACAUUGUUGCGUGAAAGUCAAAAUAACAGCAAAAUUCAUGUUGUAAUCAAGGGGUUACAGAUUCAGCCUUUUGAUGGGAGAAAUGGAACAUUUACCAACAAUGUGUGGGAUUGUACAGGUUUCUUUUCCAUUGGUAUUUGGAUGGGGUUGAUUAGUACACUUAUUCUUGGUAUGAUUCUUGCAUUUGGUCUGUGUAUGAUUAUGGAUAUCAAAACUAUGGAUAGAUUCGAUGACCCUAAAGGCAAAAUGUUUUCAGUACCAGUAAUGGAGUGAUAAAGUUUGAAAUGAUUUUAAUAGUAAAAAUCUAAAAACAAGCAAAAACAAAACAAUCUUAAUACAAUAACAUCAAAGACGAAUUUAGUUCCAAUAGUUUCGAUUGUUAGGUAUAUAAAAAAACAAAAUAGAUCUUCUCAAUAAACACCUUAGAGAGAUAUCUUCAUAAAUCAAGGUUUAGUAUUAAAUUCUGUGAAUUUCACAAAAUUAUCUGAUCUUAAAUUUAAUUUGUUUUCUAAUGUUGGUAAAUUUAGUGAAUUACACUUUUUUUAAAACUGAGAUUUAUUUAUUUAUUUAAACUAUUUUCAAUAUGAAAUCUAUAUUGUCAUAUAUAUAUCUUUCUUCUUAGUGUUUUUGUUUGUGAGGUUUAGGUUAAUAUAAGUUGUUUAAUUAUAAAAUGCUAAUUGUUUACCUUUUUGCUUUUAGUUUCUUAAUAUGUUUUGUACUGCUGAAAACAUUUAGCAUUGAUUUUAAAAAAAAUUGUUUUUGUCACUACUAAUUUAUAGGGUUAAUUAAUUUCAUCUGGAUUGUGAAAUAAUUUGAGUUAACUUGAUGAGUCUUCAUGGAAUGGUGAAUGAGCUGCAUCUAAUUUACAUCUUUAUCAAGAGAACACCUUCAUCGUAAAUCUCUUGUAAAUAAUAUUUUAAAGCUGUCUUUUCAUUUUGUAUCAUCGACCCAUAUUGGCCCACUGAAUAAUAUUCUUUCUUCUUUCUAUAAAGAAUACCUUCUUAACAUUCCUACUGCUAGAAGUCUAGUCUCUGCUCAAAAAGAAUGUUUCAUAUUGGCUAAUACAGCUGCAAGGAUCAAACCAGAACAAGCGAUACUAUAAAUUACAAAAGUUUAUUAUUGUUAUUUUUUGUUUUGGAGGUGUGUUAUGUCAUUAGUAGAAUUAUUAUCAGCUUAGUGAUAAUGUUCUGAAAAUAUCUGUAAAGUUGUCUUUUGUAUGUAUAUAUCGAAAAAUGUAAUUUAAUUUUUUUUUUUCAUGUUUGCAUUUGAAAGAAUUGAAUUCCAUUGAAACUAGUUAAUUUCAAUAAAAAGGAAACUCAAUGUAGAAUUUAUUUUUAAAGUUAAAAAUCAAAGUAAAAAUUAACUUUUUUUGGUAAUUUAAAAGUCACUCUCAGUCUCUCCCUAUAUGUGUGUAUGUAUAUAUAUAUAUAUAUAUAGACACUCACAUAUAUACAUGCAUAUAUAUAUAUAUAUAUAUAUAUAUAUAUAUACACAUUCAUAUACAUGUGUUUGUGUGUGUAUAUAUAUAUAUAUAUGUGUGUGUAUAUGUUCAAAAUGUAGAUUAAUUUGUAAAUUUGCAAAGCUCUUU